AUGUCGUCCAAGGGCUUACUCUCCACAACUGUUCGAACUCCUAUUGAUCUAUCUGCAAAAUUAGCCUCUGCCCGCACGAGCCGACGACAUGCUUCCGCUCAACCCUCCCAAACCGAAGAGCAGCCUACCCCGGAGCUCCCUGAUCGGCCAUCGUUAUCAGAAGCCCAGUUUAUUAAACCGGUUCCGCGAAUUUUAUCGCCACAGGACCUCCGGACCUUCAAUUCCUCACCGGCGCAUACAUUGAUCCGUGCAUUUAUCUUCAAUGUAUCAGAUAGUGUUCGCCAACAAUCUGUUGCCUCCGUCGCAAAGCAGCCAAUAUCAGGAACCGUGAACAGCAUACUAUCUAUCCUCUCGGCCAUUGAUAGUCUGGUGGAUAGCCAUCCUGCGUUUGAUCUGGAUGGAUCAAGAUUUGGAAACCCCGCUUUUCGUGGUCUGGUUGAUGAUAUCGCUGCCAAAAGCUCUGAGUGGCACACUUCCAUACUAGGACUUCAUAAUCCGGAAGCUGUAGAAGAGGUGUCGACAUAUUUGAUCAACUCAUUAGGCUCUCGUUCUCGCCUUGAUUUCGGAUCUGGCCAUGAGCUAAAUUUCAUGAUGUGGCUGCUCUGUCUCUACUUGCUAGGGAUGCUAGAGAAGAGCGAUUUCCCCAUUCUUGUAUGCCAUGUUUUUACUCGCUAUAUGAAAGUUAUGCGUCGUGUGCAGUCAACCUAUUAUCUGGAACCUGCUGGCUCUCAUGGUGUAUGGGGUCUAGACGAUUAUCACUUUUUACCAUUUUUAUUUGGUGCCUCUCAACUCGUUGGACACCCCUACAUUACUCCUCUAGGUAUACAUAACAACGUCAUCUUGGAUGAAGAAGGCGAUAGCUGGAUUUAUCUGGAUCAGGUGCGAUGGGUAGAUAGUGUUAAGACGGUCAAAGGACUCCGAUGGCACAGUCCAAUGCUGGAUGACAUAUCUGGAGCUAAGAACUGGCAUAAAGUCGAAGCAGGUAUGAAAAAAAUGUUUGUUAAGGAGGUUCUGGGCAAAUUACCGAUUAUGCAGCACUUUUUGUUUGGCAGCCUGAUCUCUGCCCAGCCAUCAAUGGGUCUGCGAGGGACGCCUGCCACUCCCUCAUGUGCUGGUAAUCAUCAUUCACACCAGAAUGAUUAUUGGGGUGAUUGCUGUGGAAUAAAGGUGCCAAGUGCAGUAGCCGCAGGAGAGGAGAUGCGAAAACAGCACGGCGUGUCUGAGUUACGCCCAAUCCCAUUUGACUAA